UAACACUCUAUUUUGAAAGAUCAAGCAGUGAUGUUUAGUUUUCAUUGUUUUCAAUGUCGAUAAGACAUAGAGAAACAUAAUAGACGUAAACAUUGAACAUAAUUGAGUUAUGGAUGUGCAGUGUUCAGUCGGAAUUUUCUUCAUCUUCGUUACCAUUCUACCGUCAUCUACAGGAAUCAAUUGCUUUAAAUGUCGAUCCGAUUUGGACUGUUUUCUUCACCGUAACUUUCAAAACGAAACGCGACACAAAGAUGCUCAAUUUAUUGAUUUACAUUGCUCAUUCCAUCCGAACUAUAUUCCAGCCUGCAAGUUCGUCAUUGACAGAAAGUUGGUUGUGCACGAACGUUCGUGCGGUAUACCAGGCGUGACGAGUCAACAGUCAUUUUGCAGAAAUCUUUACAGAGACGUGAUAGAAUGCUAUUGUACCACUGAUUGGUGCAACGGCAUGGAUCCAUCGAACAGUGCCACACUGACAGCUGAAGAGCAUUUCCGACGGCAGGCACUGUAUGAACAAAUGGAAAAUAAUGUGAUAAAUGGUGCAGUAAACCGAACAUUGAGUGUAUUUUGGAUGGUUUUGUUAUUGCUUUCGAAGUUGAUUUGUAGCUGAAAUUAAAGAAAAUGAACAGAGCUGCUUGUAAAUGUGUAUAAUGAUUUUGUUAUUAUUUA